CUGAUUUAAAAUAUUUGAAAAUAUUUGAUUCUACAGUGUAUGUUCAUAUUAAAAACAGGAAAAGAAAAUUUGAUGAAAAAUCAUGUAAAACUAUUUUAGUUGGUUAUAAACCAAAUGGUUUAAAACUAUGGGACUUAGCUAAUGAAAGAUUUAUUGUCGCAAGAGACGUAAUUGUAGACGAAACAAAUAUGAUUAAUUCAAGAGCUGUGAAAAGUGGAUUGGAAUUCCUAAAUGAGAGUAAGGAAAGUGAUUUAAUUGAUAUCCUGAAUGAGAGUAAGGAGUAUGAUAAUGUUAAUACCCUGAAUGAGAGUAAGGAAUGUGAUAAUAAUAAUAUCCUGAAUGAGAGUAAGGAGUGUGAAAAUGUUAUUAUCCCGAAUGAGGGUAAGGAUAAUUAUACCGUUUGUAUCCUGAAUGAGAGUAAGGAAUGUGAAAAUGUUAAUAUCCCGAAUGAGAGUAAGGAUAAUGAUACCGUUUGUAUCCUGAAUGAGAGUAAGGAGUGUGGUAAUGUUAAUAUCCCGAAUGAGAGUAAGGAUAAUGAUAGGAUACUAAUUGUUAUCGAAUCGAAUAGACGCACUUUUGUGAAGCUCCGCUUUCACACCGAAAAUACCUUAAACACGGCUUUAAAAAAACUAAAAACUGCUUACAACAGCAGCAUAAAUAAGAGUACAACACAUAAAAGUUCGUUUUGCCCGGAAUAAAUCGGUUCUAAGCUACAAAAAUCGCUUCCUAAUAAAUCCACAAUUUUAAGUGCAACAACAAAUCAUGAAAGAAACAGUGCAUAACAUAACACAAGAGCACAGAGACAAAACACUCAACACAUCAAAACACUCAAUCGAAAAACUCUCGUCACCAACACAACACCAACUCAACGAAGAAUAAAAACAAAACAAAAUAUGGUUUUGCCAGAGGGAAAACGCUUGAAAGAAUCCUCUGGCUCUAAGCGCGGGCGCCCCUCUGACGCUGCCUAUGACACUACCUCACCAAUGUUUAUCGCGGCAAUGAAUAGCCGAUUUGAUGAACAAGCCCAGAUGAUCAAGUCCACCAUCCGUGAGGUCGAGGAGAGGAUGCUUGAGGUGCUGCAGGAACGGCUCUUGGGCGUCACCACGGAGAUGAAGCAGAUGGCCGAUCGCAUGUUGCAGCUGGAGCAGGAGGUUGAGGAGCUGCGCUCCCUAAAAUCCCAAAUUGGCACGGUGCAAGCCCCGGAAACCAUCCUGCCCCCUUAAAGAAGAUGAAGAGAGUUAACAUCGGAGACUCGGUCCCUAGCAGUCUUAGUGUUGUUCCAGAUACGCUGUGUGGCCGCAGUAGCAGUAGCCAUCGUAAUUUUUGCAUUGUGAUUAUUAAUUUACAGUGUAGUGUAUUUUUCGAUUUUUUGCACUAGUCAUGAAAAUAGGUAAUGUGUGCUAGCAAUUACAAGAUAUCGGCAAAUUAAAAAAAAGCCUUUUCCCUUUUUGAAUUGAAUAAAAUUUCAGCUAUGCGUGUCUGCCACAAAAACAGUUCGUGAAUACAAAAUACAAAAUUAUAGAUACCGAAGAACCAGAACAUUAACCAGAACAAAACACCCUGCUCUGCAGGUUCCGCCGAUGGAAUUUACUUUAUGAACUUAAAUCAAUGAAAUUUAUCAAAUAAAUUAACUUUUAUUGCAAACUUCAUAGUGAACGUAAUUUAAAAAUUACAAAGUUGAAAAGUAGUGAAUAACUACUAAACAAAUACUAUUAAAUAAAAUUAUAUAAAUUCAUAUAUGUAACAUUAUUCAAUACAUCUAAGUAAAAUAUGCAAUCCCUAUGCUUAUAUUUAAAUAGCUCGAAGUGGCAGAGUUGUAAUCUAAUCGAGACCUGGCCAGACUAGCCGGCGGCUAUAUAAGUAGAGCCUUCAGUUACCUCCGGACUUCUGACAUGGAGUAGCGGCAGGUCAAACUAACGUUGCACGAGUCUCCUUAGUCCCACUAAACCAAGUGGAGUGGGCCUAGUGACCGACCAGAACACCUCGUCCUUAUCGAAAUCGACUCGUACAGAGUAAACAAGAAAGGAAGCAAGCUUCGGCAAGCCGAAGUUCAUCUAC